AUGGCAAGCCAUGGCGUCCGGCGCUUUAAGCCGGUGGAGAAGACCCCGGAGGAGCGGCAACAAGAGCUGCGGAAGAUAGAUGAAUACAAAUCUCUCGAGAGUUCCGUAUCGGAGAAGGUGCAGGCUCAGGUUGCUCAACAAGAAUUCACAGCCGACACGUUGCAGAAGAUCUCCGACUUGUUAGGCCGCAACCCGGAGUACUACACUGUCUGGAACUAUCGACGACAAGCCCUUCGGCAUCAGUUUUCCGAGGCAGAGACUUCAAGCGAAGAAGAUCCGCACAGUGUCAUCUCAGACCUGAUCAAAAAUGACCUGAAUUUCUUAAUUCCUUUGCUGCGCAGUUUCCCCAAGUGCUACUGGAUCUGGAACUAUCGUCUAUGGCUUCUCGACGAGGCUCGCCGGCUUCUUCCACUCGCCGUAGCUCGCUCAUUCUGGGAACAGGAACUGGGAUUGGUGGGUAAGAUGUUGACUCUGGACAGUCGCAAUUUUCACGGUUGGGGCUACCGGCGCUUUUUGGUGGAGACCAUCAGGCAAUUGGGGACUCCAGACGAGGCGAAGAGCAUGACCCAGAAGGAAUUCGCCUAUGCGAAAAAGAUGGUUGGAGCUAAUUUGUCCAACUUCUCUGCUUGGCACUAUCGCACCAAAUUAAUUCUCCGGAUCCUGGAGGAACAAGGUGCCACGGACGAGGAGCGGAAGAAGAUGCUGGACGAAGAGCUGGAACUUAUCCAACAAGCCCUCAUUGAUCCUUAUGACCAGUCACUAUGGUUCUAUCACCAGAACUUGAUGUGUGUGUUUGACCCAUCCAUGGCGGACCGGACUAUGGCUCCGAAUCUGAGCACGUCAGAACGACUCCAGUAUCUACGGGACGAGAUUGAAGCCAUUCAGGAGAUGCUUGAUGGAGCCGAGGACUGUAAGUAUAUUUACCAGGCCCUCAUUGAAUGUACCCUGCUCGUAUCCAAAGUAGGGGGCAGCCUGCAACUGGAUGACCGGGAUCAGAUUCUGAGCUGGCUCUCAAAGCUGAAAAGGAUAGAUCCCCUGCGACGACACCGGUGGUUGGAUUUUGAAAGAGGCUUGUAA